AUGUCAGGUUUGUAUAAUCCCAACUUUUCACCUGCAAGAGCUGCUUCUCCUCAGAUUAGAAGCACUCCAGAUGUUGACAGUCAGUACUUGUCAGAGUUAUUAGCAGAACAUCAAAAGCUUGGACCUUUUAUGCAAGUUCUUCCAAUAUGUAGCCGACUGUUAAAUCAAGAAAUUUUCCGGGUAUCAGGAAUGAUGUCCAACCAAGGCUUUGGAGACUUUGACAGACUACGACAUAGAAGCCCCAGCCCCAUGGCUUCUUCAAACCUCAUCUCCAAUGUUGGCGGGACAAGUUUAGGUGGCUGGAAUGGCCUUCCUCAGGAGAGAUUAAGUGGACCUCCUGGAAUGACUAUGGACUGGCAAGGUGCACCUGCAAGCCCUAGUUCAUACACUGUGAAGAGAAUUUUGCGUUUGGAAAUUCCAGUAGAUACCUAUCCAAAUUUCAAUUUUGUUGGGCGACUUCUGGGCCCUAGAGGCAAUUCACUGAAACGGGUGGAAGCUACCACAGGUUGCCGGGUGUACAUUAGAGGAAAAGGAUCAAUCAAGGAUCCAGACAAGGAAGAGAAGCUAAGGGGAAGACCAGGCUAUGAGCACUUGAACGAUCCACUUCACAUCUUAAUUGAGGCUGACUUACCUGCCAACAUUGUUGACAUGAGACUCCGGCAGGCACAAGAAAUUAUAGAAGAACUGCUCAAACCUGUGGAUGAGUCACAAGACUUUAUCAAGAGGCAGCAGUUGCGUGAACUAGCGAUGCUAAAUUCAAAUUUCAGAGAAGAGUCUCCAGGGCCAAGUGGCAGCGUCUCUCCUUUCAAUACAAGUGGAAUGAAACGUGCGAAAACAGGACGCUGA